AUGUGGUUAGGUGAUAUACCUGCUGAACUACAAGGAUUAACGAUUCCAGAACAAAAAUUAAUAUCAUUUUAUCGUCACAACAGUUGUAUAAUAAAACUUCAUUCGCCUUUUCAUUCAACUACACCUGCCCAAACCGCACUGAAAGGCAACUGCAUUACCUUUCUUCAAAAUAUGCCAAAUAGCGUCAAUAGUUUGCCACUUACACUUGAUGAUCUAUGUGAUACACUUAAAGUGAUUUUUAUUGGAGCUCGACCUCCCGUUUGUAUUCAUCUUAAAAAAGUUCUAACAGUGCGCAAGAAGAAAAUUAUGCAAGCAUUACACUGGCUGAAAAAAAAAUAA